ACCGGGACCGGUGUCGGGUUCCGAGCCGGUAUCGGGUUCCGGGCCGGUAUCGGUUCCGGGUUCCGGGAUGGCGGUACCUUUCGUGGAGGACUGGGACCUGGUGCAGACGCUGGGAGAAGGCGCCUACGGGGAGGUGCAGUUGGCCGUCAAUCGCCGCACGGAGGAGGCUGUGGCCGUCAAGAUCGUGGACAUGAAGCGAGCAGCUGAGUGCCCGGAGAACAUCAAGAAGGAAAUCUGCAUCAACAAAAUGCUCAACCACGAGAACGUCGUCAAGUUCUACGGGCACCGGCGGGAAGGGGCCACUCAGUACCUGUUCCUGGAGUACUGCAGCGGGGGGGAGCUCUUCGACCGCAUCGAGCCCGACAUCGGGAUGCCGGAGCACGAGGCGCAGAGGUUCUUCCAGCAGCUGAUCGCUGGCGUGGUCUAUCUGCACAGCAUGGGCAUCACCCACCGCGACCUGAAGCCAGAGAACCUCUUGCUGGAUGAGCGAGACACCCUGAAGAUCUCUGACUUCGGCCUGGCCACCGUGUUCCGUCACCAGGGCCGGGAGCGGCGGCUGAGCCGGAUGUGUGGGACCCUCCCCUACGUGGCCCCCGAGCUCCUGCGCCGCCCCGAGUUCCGUGCAGAACCCGUCGACGUCUGGGCCUGCGGCGUGGUGCUGACUGCCAUGCUGGCUGGGGAGCUGCCCUGGGACCAGCCCAGUGACACCUGCCAGGAGUACAGCGACUGGAAGGAGCACAAGACCUACCUCCCACCCUGGAAGAAGAUCGAUUCAGCACCUUUGGCUCUGCUCCACAAGAUCCUGAUGGAGAGCCCCUCAGCCCGGAUCACCAUCCCUGACAUCAAGAAGGACCGGUGGUUCAGCAGACCCCUCAAAAAAGGUGUCAAGCGGGCCCAGGGCUCCUCAGGGGGGGUCUGUGACUCCCCUGGGGGCUUCUCCAAGCCUGUCCGCUCCGACAUGGACUUCUCACCGGGGAAGAGUGUGCUGGGGGAAGACCGCGCUGGUUACUCCACCUCGCAGCCGGAGCUGGGGACGCUGUGGGACAGCGGAGCCAACACCAUCGACCGCCUGGUGCAGGGCAUCAGCUUCUCCCAGCCAGCACGCCCCGAGCACAUGCUGCUCAGCAGCCAGCUCCUCGGCACCCCCGGCUCCUCCCAGAGCCCGUGGCAGAGGCUGGUGAAGAGGAUGACCCGGUUCUUCACCAAACUGGACGCCGAGGGCUCGUACCGCGCGCUGCGGGAGGCCUGUGAGAAGAUGGGCUAUGGGUGGAAGAAGUCCUGCACCAACCAGGUGACCAUCUCGACCACGGACAGGAGGAACAACCAGCUCCUCUUCAAGGUGAGCCUGGUGGAGAUGGAGAGCAAGAUCCUGGUGGAUUUCCGUCUCUCCAAGGGCGACGGGCUGGAGUUCAAGAGGCAUUUCCUGAAGAUCAAGGGCAAGCUCAGCGACAUCAUCAGCACCCAGAAGGUCUGGCUGCCUGCCACAUGAGCCCUGCACCCCUCACCCUCCUCCUCCUCCUCCUUACCCUCACCCACCCACCCACCCACCACAGGGCUUCCUGUUUUAAAGGUUCAAUAAAGUCCUUGGGGGGGAACAAAGUGAGGGGUUGGGUUUUGUUCACUCUGAACCCUACUGA